AUGCUUCUACAUUUACUUAGUGCUCUUACACUUCUGUUAGCUUCUGAAGAUCUCGUUUGUCAUCCUUUCCUGAGCGAAUUUUCGACGCUUCGUUUCCGUACCACUGCGGAUCUUCAAUAUAUUGAACUGGCUGUAACGGAAGAGUGCCAAUGUGCAAGCUAUGGAGGAAAUGAAGAUUUCCUCAUAUGGUCUGUUAGUACUCAACACGAAGUCACCUCUGGUAAUGUGGACUCCCUUACCGUCUUGCACUUACAACGACAUAUGAUUUUGCACGAGGCACUGAAGCGACUGCGACGUCAUCAAGCAUAA